AAUAUAUAUAUAGAUGGAUGGAGUAGAUGCCAGAGCUGAUCUAAUUAUUACAGUUAAUGGAGAUGAAAUUAAUAGAUCCAGAUAUGAAGACUACUUGAAAUCCAACCUAACAGUAACAGAACAACAUUUCUCUCAGAUCUCAAGAUCUCAGUCCUGGAAACCACAGCAGCAGAUGAACCGUGAAGAAGAUACCCUGGUUCUAGAAUGUUCAGCUAGGAAUGGUGAUCAUAUUCUGGCUAAAGAGGAAGUUACUGUUAAAAGAGAUAAAAGUAACAGUUACGUGUACUCUACAGGAAGACCGGGUCAGUACACAACAGAUAGACCGGGGCUGCACUUGCCUCAUGCUCGAAAGGGACGUUUUUACACAGAUCCACAGGUAGCUCAUGUAAUUCCUAUUUAUAUUUUAUAUACAGAGAGUCCCAAUAAAUACAUUGGAAUUAAGUUGCAAUUUCUAUAUAUAUUAAUUUAUAUACAGAGAGUCCCAAUAAAUAUAUUGGAAUUAAGUUGCAAUUUCUGUAUCUAUAUAUAAAUUUGGCUUGUCUUG